UCUGCAGGCAAGGAGAGUGGGUAUCAGAUCUGCUCAUUUUCACAGACAGUGAAAUGAUGAUGAUCCCUUCUGCGCAAUCGGACCCCGGAAAGCAGCCUCUUCUGCGCAAUCGGACCCCGGAAAGCAGCCUCCCUUUAAGGCUAGAAGAGCCCGGACACUUUGAAAGUGCCCUUCCUGCCCAGACGCGGGAGAAGUAAAGAGUGUGAAGGCGGAGCCACAGGACUGGCGACACCCUCUAAAGGUCCAGUCCUUGCCCGCCUUCCUACCACCUUAGGGAUUUGGCACAGAGAGCGAGAUCCCCUUCUCAAUGAAAGAGAUGUCCCUUUAAGGUUUGCUUUGCAGCCUGUGGACUUUAGCCUAAACACCGAACCGCGAAGCUGGCUUUAUUUGUCCAUGUCUCGGACAGAGCCUGGGACGCUGCCAGUGAGAUUUCAGAGACCCAAGAGCGCGAAGGGGCGGGCGAUGUGGCAAUCCGUCUGGAUGGGAAAAACGUGGAGCUGACCUAGAGGCAUUCGACGAAAACACAGGAAAUCACUCCUCUGCCGCGCUUGGACGCUGCGGCCGCCUGGGGCCACCGAGUGAGACCCGAGAAGACCGUCGAAGUGGCCAGAAGAGCGCGGCGCCGGAGUCCAGUCCUGCCAGGUCUUGCCCUCUGAACCAGCUCAUCCCGGGAGCACUGAGAGCACUGCAGCCACUCCAGCCAUGGCCCUCCUGCGCCAUGACAGCCGAGGGGUCGCUGUCGCCUGCUGCUGGCUCCUCACCGGAAUGAAAGGGAAAACUUAGCAUGUCCAAGUUCAGCGUUAAAACAAAAGUACCGCCACCAAAGAUUCCGUGCCCCUUCUGAAGAAAGUUAAUGCCAAGGAGCACCAACCGCUCAGUACGCCUGCGCAGGCCAACCGCGGCCCCGCCUCUCCGUUGAGGACGUAAAACGUGCGCCGGGCGGUGGGAGGCGGGACGCGGACUGCGCAUGCGCCCUCGUUGCGUCAGCCACUUGCUCGGAGCUGACGGCUGCAGCCUCCAGAGGUUCGUGUUCACUGCUGUGUCUCCUGGGCGCGUUCGUCGGGCCGCGCGGGGAGACUAAAACCGGAAGGGCUAGAGUAAGUGCCCCCUCGGCUGCAUGAGUCAGAGCUACAGUGUUUCCUUCCCUCCGGGCAAGUGACCAUAGAAACUGGACCCCGCCCCCUUCCUGGCCUAGACUCCCUUUCCCCCUACCCCUUGCCCCUUUCCCUUUGGGGACCCCCCCCAGUUCUUCUUGUUUUGUUACUGAGCCUCAACUAAGGUCAUGAAGCUGGUGAGGAAGGACAUUGAGAAGGACAAUGCGGGUCAGGUGACCCUGGUCCCCGAGGAGCCUGAGGACAUGUGGCACACUUACAAUCUAGUGCAGGUGGGCGACAGUCUUCGCGCCUCCACCAUCCGUAAGGUACAGACCGAGUCCUCCACAGGCAGCGUAGGAAGCAACCGGGUCCGUACAACGCUCACUCUCUGCGUGGAGGCCAUUGACUUUGACUCUCAAGCUUGCCAGCUGCGGGUCAAAGGGACCAAUAUCCAAGAGAAUGAGUAUGUCAAGAUGGGGGCUUACCACACCAUCGAGCUGGAGCCCAACCGCCAGUUCACCCUGGCCAAGAAACAGUGGGAUAGUGUGGUUCUGGAGCGCAUUGAACAGGCCUGUGACCCGGCCUGGAGUGCUGAUGUGGCAGCGGUGGUCAUGCAGGAAGGUCUCGCCCAUAUCUGCUUAGUCACUCCCAGCAUGACCCUCACUCGGGCCAAGGUGGAGGUGAACAUCCCUAGGAAAAGGAAAGGCAACUGCUCCCAGCAUGACCGGGCCUUGGAGAGGUUCUAUGAACAGGUGGUUCAGGCCAUCCAGCGCCACAUAAACUUCGAUGUUGUAAAGUGUGUCCUGGUGGCCAGCCCAGGAUUUGUGCGGGAACAGUUCUGCGACUACAUGUUUCAGCAAGCAGUGAAGACUGACAACAAAGUUCUCCUAGAAAACCGGUCCAAAUUCCUUCAGGUACAUGCCUCCUCUGGACACAAGUACUCCCUGAAAGAGGCCCUUUGUGACCCUACUGUAGCUAGCCGCCUUUCAGACACUAAAGCUGCUGGGGAAGUUAAAGCCUUGGAUGACUUCUAUAAAAUGUUACAACAUGAACCUGACCGAGCCUUCUAUGGACUCAAGCAGGUGGAGAAGGCUAACGAAGCCAUGGCUGUUGACACAUUGCUCAUCAGCGAUGAGCUCUUCAGACACCAGGAUGUAGCUACACGUAGCCGGUAUGUAAGGCUGGUGGACAGUGUAAAAGAAAAUGCGGGCACUGUUAGGAUAUUCUCUAGUCUUCAUGUAUCUGGGGAACAGCUCAGCCAAUUGACUGGAGUAGCCGCCAUUCUUCGCUUUCCUGUUCCUGAACUUUCUGACCAAGAGGAUGAUUCCAGUUCUGAAGAAGAUUAAUGAUUGAAAUUUAUAGUUGAGACAACCUUUUGUCUCACUUCAUUAAUAUGUAUAUUUUUUUCAGCAUCCUUUGAGAGAAAGCUGCAAGAUGGGCACUUUUGGGUUCAUACUGGAAUUUCUCAUGUAUUUGAUCACACUAGAUAUUUUAUAGUUCUCAGAACAUGUAUUCAAACUAAACAAUAAACUUAAAUGAAAUAAAUUCCAUGU